GGCUCCCGGCCUCAGAGUGUUUCCUACAGCCAGGUCCGGCCUCAAAGUGUUUCCUACAGCCUGGGUGGAUCUGGUUAUUCAGGUGGCAGCAAUGGUUGUGGACAAGGUGUCUCCUAUGACAGCAAUCCCUGCAACCAGGGUGGAUCAUACUCCUUACAAACCUAUGAUGGUGGCCAAAGUGGAUCACCAUCCUCACAAAGUUAUGGUGGCAACCAGGGUGGAUCCUACUCGCAAGGCUAUGCAGGUGGCCAAGGAGGAUCAGACACCUAUUACGAUAAUCAGGAUUCACAAAGUUACUCGGACGAUAACGCUUGUGACGAUAGUGACACCACCUAUAGUGCCAAUGUUCAGAGUUCUGGUUGUGCGAAGAAGAAAGUUCUUGUUGCCCGAGAUACAUCACAUGUUUUGAGCAGAAGAGCCUACGAUGCACAGGGUGGUUGUGUUUGCCCUGAUGGCAGCAGUGGUUACAGACAGGAUGGCCAAGGUUCUUCCUACAGCUCUUACUCCGGUAACCAGGGUGGUUCUUCCUCCUCUCCUGGUGGAUCUUACGGACAGGAUGGCCAAGGUUCUUCCUACAGCUCUUACUCCGGUAACCAGGGUGGUUCUUCCUCCUCUCCUGGUGGAUCUUACGGACAGGUUGGAUCUUCCACAUACAGUGGUGCUGGAUCUUAUGGCCAGGAUUCAUCUUCCAUAGGAGGCGGUGACAGUAACAACGGCUCCAGCUCACUAUCUGGCAGCCAGCAGAGCGAACGGGUAAGUUCUCCUUCCUUACUCUUGCCAGAGUGCCUGCCCCAGGCCCUGGCAACUCCUCGCCACCUAAACUACAGCUUGUGUGGGACAGAAAAGUCCCGCAAGCACAGAGGGAAUGAGGAUGUGGCUAAAGCGCUGCUAGAAAUCCCAGCUGAUGCUGAGGGCUCAUCUUCUUCUGGAGGCAGCCAGUACAGUGGCCAAGAUUCGUACUCCUCUGGAGCUAGCCAGUAUGGUGGACAGGGCCCAUCUUCUUAUGGAGGCAGCCAGUAUGGAGGGCAGGGGUCACCUUACUCAGGAGGCAGCCAGUAUGGUGGACAGGGUUCAUCUUACUCAGGAGGCAGCAGCCAGUAUGGAGGACAGGGUCCAUCUUCCUACGGCGGCAGUCAGUAUGGAGGACAGGGGCAGGGAGCUUCGUCAGGAAGCAGCCAGUAUGGUGGACAGGGUUCUUCAGGAGGCAGCCAGUACAGCGGACAG